UCGGUGUAUAUGUUUACAUGCCGCUGGCCCUCUGGGUUCGCUCCCUGACUCAAAGUACGCACAAAGGAGGGAAAUGUGCGCCGUGCUUCUGCUGCGGGUGUCGGUACAUGAGCGGAUCAACGCAGCCGCCGAAGACUUUCUGCUGCAAAUGGAGAAAGGAGAAGAAACGGCUCAAGUCCCGGCGCUGAGAGCGCGGCUCACCGAGCGGCUAACGACAGCGGCGGAGGAGAUCGUCGCUGUGUUUGAGGAAGCCGUGGUGGAGUACGAAGACAGAGUGGAGCGGUCAGAGCGGGAGAUAUGCCGCCAGAGGAGGCUGCUCGAUGCCGUGAUGAAGCCUGAAGUCAGGCUGCACAGAGCAGCAUUCCUGCAGCUGGUGGUGAGUAAAGAAGAGGUUCACCCUGAGCAGCAGCAGUGGAGCCCCCUUGUGGACCAGGAGGACCCAGAGCCCCCCCACAUUAAAGAGGAACAGAUAGAACUGAGGCUGAGUCAGGAGGAAGAAGCUGAUAUCAAGUUCACAUUGACUCCUUUUGCUGUGAAGAGUGAAGAAGAUGAGGAGAAACCCCAGUCGUCACCAUUUCAUCAGAGCCAGACUGAGGAGAACAGAGCGGACUGUGGAGAAUCAAAACCAGUCAGGAACUCCGGUCCUGAUGGACAUUUACAACCAGGUCCUGUGGACACGACUGAAGACUCCCCUGAACCCGAGACUGAAGCCAUUGAAGAUGAUUGGAAGGACACAUGGGAACCUCAGUCUGGUUUAAAAACAAGAAAUAACGAACAGCCUCCAAGUGAUAUAUGUGAUACUGAUAAGAAACCAUUUAGUUGCUCUGAGUGUGGUAAAGGAUUUACCCGAAAGUCCCAUGUAAAGAGACAUGUGAGAAUUCAUACAGGAGAGAAACCCUUUUGUUGCUCUCAGUGUGGGGAUAGAUUUAGAGAAAAGGGCCAUCUAAGUAAACACAUGAGGAGUCAUACAGGGGAGAAACCAUUUAGUUGCUCUCAGUUCGGUUCUAGUUUUAGAGAAAAGGGCCAUCUAAAUGUACACAUGAGGAGUCAUACUGGAGAGAAACCAUUUAGUUGCUCUCAGUGUGGUUCUAGAUUUAGAGAACAGGGCCAUCUAAAUAUACACAUGAGGAGUCAUACAGGAGAGAAACCAUUCAGUUGUCCUGAGUGUGGUAAAAGAGUUAGCCGGAAGGACCAGCUGAAUAUACAUAUGAGGAUUCAUACAGGAGAGAAACCCUUUAGCUGCCCUGAGUGUGGUAAAAGAGUUAGACAUAAAGUCCAUCUAACUGAACAUAUGAGAAGUCAUACAGGAGAGAAACCCUUUAGUUGCUCUCAGUGUGGUAAAACAUUUAACCAUAAGUCCACUUUAAAUAGACACAAGAGGAUUCAUACAGGAGAGAAAUGAUUCAGUUGCAUCGAUUGCAACAAAAGAUCUAUUCGUAUUUAUCAGCAACUAUUCAUAUAAUACAUUGUAUAUAUUCAUAUUUCACUGUUUUAAAUAGAGAAUCAAGUAUGCCUCCUUAAAUGGUCCUUGGAGUUAUGUUUGACCGGGACAUGUCAUGUUACCCAGAUAACAAGUCUCUAGGACAGCUUUCUUCCACCUUCACAAUAUUAUGAUCAUUAUGAACAUCCUGUCUCAGACGGAUGCUGAGAUACUCACCCAACAUUUGUCACCUCUAAACUCGCUUACUUUAGUUCUUUAUUAUCAGGAUGUCCAAGUAAGUCUGUGAAAAGCCUCCAGCUAGUCCAAUCUCCAUGAUUUCCAGGAGGGCUGGCCCUAAUGUGAUUUCGCCUUCAGUAAGCUGUUGCGCUUUCACCUUUUUGUCCAAUCACACCCUACCUAUGAUCGCUGACGCCUUGUUUUGCUAUCAUUGCAUUUUAUUUCACCGCAUGGACAACUACGCAUGUCCCUGAUAUGCAUCAUCUCUUAGAAAGGGUGAAAAAGCAUAAAACAUUUGAUAUGACAGAUUGUGAGGUUUAUAUCAUUAGGUAUUGUAAUGGAAUAUUUACCAUUAUACAACACUAUAUAUUAUCUCUGCUUAUGCAUACUAUUUCUGCCUCAGUAAUUGCCAAAAUGACAUCAGGGCCACAAAUCUGAGACUGCUGGUCUCCCCCAACCAAGACCUUGAAGAACCCUUCAGCCUGUGUCUGGGUCUUACCUCCUGGGAUUUUACUAUUCACUCAGUUCACACACAUGCAUACAUACACACACACACUCACACAUACAUACACACGUAGUUGAGCUCUUAACACACACACAUCUCUUAAAUGCAUCUGCAUAAAAAGCACACGCCUGCUGUUUCUUUGUCAUUCCCUCUGCAGAAUGCUCUUCGCAUGCUGUAUGAUUGUCUGACCUUCCUUGCAAGGAAUAACAUCCUCUUAAAAGACUAUGAUUCUCUAAUAUCUUUAUUUCAAAAGUCUCACCAGGUCAAGUUUCCAUCACAGUAUCAUAUUGGAUUAAUAAUUCUAAUGCAUUAAUGUGUGAGCAGCAUAUUUUACUAUUAUUACUGACUGGUUAACAUGUUAAUGUUAAUGACAGUUAUCAUGUGUUUUAUUGUUUAGAAAUAGAGUUCAGCUGAGUGAGGAGGAUGUUUAUUUUAGUAACUGAGAUUUCUAGAAUCUCCAUGAACGUGUCAGUGUUUAGACAGGUAACACUGUUCAAGCUACCAAUGACUGUGAGUUGUGGGAGAUAGCGUACUUCUUGUUGGCUGAGGGACUGGGGUUGUCCUCAGGUUAACGUGAGAACUAGGAAGAAGGUGGGAAGCUACACAGGAGUGUGUAAGAACCGGAGCGACAGAGUGUGUACUGUUCUAAUAAACCGGCAGCUGAAGUCUUGUAUCUUCCUCAGUGCGGGACCUCUACACUAUUAUAGUUUGUCAAGGUGGAGCUCAUUCAUCUUUAUAUUGUUAGUAGUUUAUUAUAAAACAAUGCAUCGAUUUUAAUUGAUUUCUUAUCACUUUCUUUAUAAAAUAGGAAUCUGAAAGUAACUACUAAUUUAAGUAAGUUAUCAAAUUUCCUCUGAGACGAAUUGCAGUCGAAGUUUAGAGUAGAAAUGGAAAUUUCCUGUAAAGUACCUAAAAUUUGUAGUGAAGUACAGUACUUGUAACUGUCCACAAAAGGAACAAUCCAGUCAAUUAACAUGUUUCCAUCGAGUGGAUAUGUUAAUUAAUGUUCUUGAUUUGCUGCACCUUAAAUAAAACGUUAUUUGGUUAACUGAAACUGA